UGGGAAGAAUGUGCAUGAAUGGCAUAGACGUAUUGCUUAUCAGGUUGCAGUUCAUGCUUUAAUUAAAGCAGCAAUUGAUUUGGAGAUAUUGCUUUCACAUGAACGUCUAAAUGAAUUUUCCCCUGUUAAAGAGAUUCUGAGCCCAAUAAUGAAUCAAAUAGGAGAGCACAUUGAAAUUCGACUGAAAAUGAAGCAUCCGUAUUUGGUGCAGUGGUUUAGAGAGACUGAAAUGCCACGAAUAGCUGGAUAUUUUAUUCCACUUCUAAAAAAGUGGUCUGUGGAAUAUGCAGGAAGCGGUAUUGCAGGAAUUAUUGUGGCUAUAACCUGUUGUAGUGCAGUGGUGAAAUUGGGCGCUAGGCGCAUCUGCUGCCCCUUACUUGUAUUGUCCCUUGAAGAUGUUUUGGUCAAGCUCAUGGAUUUCUCACUCAAUCUUGCACCUGUGGACAAGUUACACCGGUUAGCAACUGAGGCGGGAUUUGAACUGAAUUUCUUGUCCCAUUUUGGUGGGAAGGUCUUUCCCAAUGAGAAAACUGAGGACCUAGAGUUUUUGAUUGGUUUGGCCCAUAAGAAAUUAUUGAAAGCUUUCUGUGAAGAAAGCAUCACUUCAAAAAAGCAAAAUUUUCAGCAAAAGGUCAAAUUGCAGACUCAUGCAGAAAUUCAUGGAUUCAUAGAACUUAAUCUUAUAAUUUUUAUUUAA